GUAGAUGUGGAACUGUAGACAGGCAAGUGCAGGAUCUGUACAUCUGGUUACUCCAUUCUUACAGCUCACUUUUCUUAAUGUCCUUCUCUGUUUGAUCAACAUGCAGCAUGGCACCUACCAUGGAGGUAUAGUAUGUAGUAACAGGGAUCAGCAUGGCACCUACCAUGGAGGUAAAGUAUGUAGUAACAGGGAUCAACAUGGCACCUACCAUGGAGGUAAAGUAUGUAGUAACAGGGAUCAACAUGGCACCUACCAUGGAGGUAAAGUAUGUAGUAACAGGGAUCAACAUGGCACCUACCAUGGAGGUAUAGUGUAUGUAACAGGGAUCAACAUGGCACCUACCAUGGAGGUAUAGUGUAUGUAGUAACAGGGAUCAACAUGGCACCUACCAUGGAGGUAAAGUGUAUAGUAACAGGGAUCAACAUGGCACCUACCAUGGAGGUAAAGUGUAUGUAGUAACAGGGAUCAACAUGGCACCUACCAUGGAGGUAUAGUAUGUAGUAACAGGGAUCAACAUGGCACCUACCAUGGAGGUAUAGUGUAUGUAGUAACAGGGAUCAACAUGGCACCUACCAUGGAGGUAUAGUGUAUGUAGUAACAGGGAUCAACAUGGCACCUACCAUGGAGGUAUAGUAUGUAGUAACAGGGAUCAACAUGGCACCUACCAUGGAGGUAUAGUAUGUAGUAACAGGGAUCAACAUGGCACCUACCAUGGAGGUAUAGUAUGUAGUAACAGGGAUCAACAUGGCACCUACCAUGGAGGUAUAGUGUAUGUAGUAACAGGGAUCAACAUGGCACCUACCAUGGAGGUAUAGUGUAUGUAGUAACAGGGAUCAACAUGGCACCUACCAUGGAGGUAUAGUAUGUAGUAACAGGGAUCAACAUGGCACCUACCAUGGAGGUAUAGUAUGUAGUAACAGGGAUCAACAUGGCACCUACCAUGGAGGUAUAGUAUGUAGUAACAGGGAUCAACAUGGCACCUACCAUGGAGGUAUAGUAUGUAGUAACAGGGAUCAACAUGGCACCUACCAUGGAGGUAUAGUAUGUAGUAACAGUGUGUAAAGUGGGAGUUGUCUUCUCACAGGACCAGCAGCAUGUUACAGUACCUCUACCUGAAGUCAUCUGGCUGAGACAUGCCUUGUUAUCUAGUGAUCUAGCAGCGAUGACUGUCUCUCCAUUCACAAUGGCUCUCUUUUUGGGGUUGUUGCUCUGCCGAGCUUCCCCUCUCCACCCCUCCCUUCACAUUACUUCAUCACGGCUUUCUUCUCCUCCCGCCACCAUACCGCAUCCAUCCAUCCCUCCCUCCCUGUGACGCUGGGUAGGGGUGUAUACCCAGGCAGCAGCUCCUGAGACCGCUGCAGAGCCGCAUCUCCUCCGUAUGGUUAGAGGGACAACUGAUCAUCGAUUAAGACAGAUUUAUAUAUUCUAGCAACUCUUGAAUCAAUGUUUUAAAUGCAUAAUUGCGCGCGAUAUCCUCCUGGAUGGAUCGGACAUCAAGGCCAUUUCCUGUGUGCGCGAGACUGUUGACAGUUAUUGGGUUGGACCGGAGACGGAAAGAUCAAUGUGAUUGAUCAACCUCCCUGCUCCCUGGAAGACAUGGGGCUGUCGUGGAGCAGUUGGGCGACGGGAUUCGCGUGGGACGGAGGGAAUAACGGACAUUUUUAGAUUGAAGCAGCGCACAAAGGGGAAUAAACAUCAAUGUAGUCUACCGACAAUUACUUUUAGGCUACAUGGUGCUUGUUUCGGUUUGAUUGGGAAAUGAAGCAGGCCCGGUUUAACGCGGGGAGGAGGGCUCGGUCUGGGCCGUGUGUGUUGCGGCAGGGUUCGAGCGGUGUCGGUAACAUCAUCAGUAACGUCCUGAAGAAAAGGAACGGAAUCUCCCGGAGAGCGCCCCGUCUGCUCUGCACGCUCGAGCCAGGAGUGGACACCAGGUUAAAGUUCACCAUCGAACCUUCUCUGGGCAAGAACGGCUUCCAACAGUGGUAUGAUGCUCUGAAGGCUGUGGUCAGACUUCCUACAGGCAUCCCUAAAGAGUGGAGGAAGAGGGUAUGGCUGACUCUAGCUGACCAGUACCUCCACAGUAUCUCUAUCGACUGGGACAAAACUCUGCGCUUCGCUUUCAACGAACGCAGUAACCCUGACGAUGACUCACUGGGCAUCCAGAUUGUUAAGGACCUACACAGGACAGGUUGUAGUUCAUACUCCGGCCAGGAGGGGGAGCAGGACCGGGUGGUGCUGAAGAGGGUACUCCUGGUGUACGCUCGCUGGAAUAAGGCUGUAGGAUACUGUCAGGGCUUCAACGUACUGGCAGCGCUAAUACUGGAGGUUACAGAGGGCAACGAGAGCCACGCACUCAAGGUGAUGAUCUACCUGAUAGACAAGGUGCUACCAGAGAGUUAUUUUGCCAACAACCUGCGUUCUCUGUCUGUGGACAUGGCUGUGUUUAGAGAUCUCCUGAGGAUGAAGCUGCCUCAUCUCUCACAGCACCUACACCUCCUGCAGAAGACUGCUGAUAGAGAGGCUGGAGGAAGCUACGAGCCUCCCCUGACCAACGUGUUCACGAUGCAGUGGUUUCUGACCAUGUUUGCUACGUGCCUGCCCCCCAACACCGUGCUAAAGAUCUGGGACUCUGUGUUCUUCGAAGGUUCUGAGGUUCUGCUGAGGGUGGCUCUGGCCAUCUGGUCUCACCUGGGGGAGCAUAUAGAGUACUGUCAGACAGCAGAUGAGUUCUACAGCACCAUGGGAUGGAUCACUCAGGAGAUGUUGGAGAACAGCCUCAUAGACUGUAGCCACCUCAUGCAGACGGUGUACUCCAUGGCUGUGUUUCCAUUCCCUCAGCUGGCUGAACUCCGAGAGAAAUACACCUACAACAUCACCCCCUUCCCCACCUCCAACCCCAACGGCAGUGGUGGUCUAGGUGGCUGGGAGGGUGAUGAAGACGAGGAUGAAGAUGAAGAUGCAGUGGUGACAGCAGCGUUGGGAUGUUUGGGUCCACUGGGGGGGCUGUUAGCUCCAGAACUACAGCGGUACCAGAGACACAUUAAAGACCAGCGUGGGGGGGAGCAGGGCGGUAACAUGGCAGACCUGAGUCCCGGGGCGGUGGAUGGUGGCGGCAGAGCGGAGCAUCAAGCGGCCAUCAACAGCAUGCUGCAGGAGAGGAUGAGUACUGACAUCAGCGCUCUGAAGAAACAAUACUCACGUAUCAAGAGACAUCAGCAACAACAGGCCAGGCAGCUGUACAUACACACAGAUAGAUGUCCAGCCACCAGCGUGUUAGCAUCUCAGCUACAUCCUUCUCCUGUCGUCAACCACCUGUUGCUAGGCAGGAAGCCCAGGAACAGCCUGAAACACCCUCCCUCCAGCCUGCGAGGUGUCCCCCUGCCUCAGGCACAGUCCAGCCCUGCCACCCCUGGCCCCGCCCCUAACCCCACCCCUAGCGGGGAGAGGGGGAGGAACAGACUGGGAGCUCAGGCUGAAGACUGUCAGAGCAGGGUGGGGUCCCCCUGGCGUGCCCACGUACGUGCCCACCGCAGGAACAUAUCCCGGGCACGGGUACAGCUAGGGUAUGGAGACAUGGAGGAUAGACACCCUCAUCAGGCGGAGGAGGACAGACACCCUCAUCAGGCGGAGGAGGACAGACACCCUCAUCAGGCGGAGGAGGACAGACACCCUCAUCAGGCGGAGGAGGACAGACACCCUCAUCAGGCGGAGGAGGACAGACACCCUCAUCAGGCGGAGGAGGACAGACACCCUCAUCAGGCGGAGGAGAGAGAUGGAGUGGGUGAGGGAAAGGCUGAUGAUGAGGGUAGUCACCUCCCUGUGUCUCCUGCCCAGGCCUCCAGUAAGGAGGUGCCAGCUGUGGUGGAAGAGGAGGAGCACCUGUUGUCUCUAGAGCUGGACUCUGGAUCAGAACUAAACCAGACCCCACCUCCACUACCCUCCUCUCCUAGAGAGACUGACCCAGACACACUACCCUCCUCUCCUAGAGAGACUGACCCAGACACACUACCCUCCUCUCCUAGAGAGACUGACCCAGACACACUACCCUGCUCUCCUAGAGAGACUGACCCAGACACACUACCCUCCUCUCCUAGAGAGACUGACCCAGACACACUACCCUCCUCUCCUAGAGAGACUGACCCAGACACACUACCCUCCUCUCCUAGAGGGACUGACCCAGACACACUACCCUCCUCUCCCACCAUCCCAGAGCUGCCUGUCCUGCCUCCUCUUCCUCGACCACCCUCAUCACACCACCACCACCAUCAACAGUCUGACCCUUUAAUCUCCUCUCAGAACAUCUACUGUAUGAGACUCUCUCCUGGUAGCCCUGUUACCCUCACUAACCCCCCUCCCCCUGUUACCCUCACUAACCCCCCUCCCCCUGUUACUCUCACUAACCCCCCUCCCCCUGUUACCCUCACUAACCCCCCUCCCCCUGUUACCCUCACUAACCCCCCACCCCCUGUUACCCUCCCUAACCCUCCUCCUCCUGUUACCCUCACUAACCCCCCUCCCUCUGUUACCCUCUCUAACCCCCCUCCUCCUGUUACCCUCUCUAACCCCCCUACUCCUCCUCCUCCUGGUACCCUCUCUAACCCCCCUACUCCCCUCUCUAACCCCCCUACUCCUGUUACCCCCCCUCCUCCCCUCUCUAACCCCCCUACUACCCUCACUAACCCUCCUCCUGGUACCCUCACUAACCCUCCUCCUGGUACCCUCUCUAACCCCCCUACUCCCCUCUCUAACCCCCCUACUCCUGUUACCCUCUCCAACCCCCCUCCUACACUCUCUAACCCCCCUACUACCCUCACUAAGCCUCCUCCUGGUACACUCUCUAACCCCCCUACUCCCCUCUCUAACCCCCCUACUCCUGUUACCCCCCCUCCUCCCCUCUCUAACCCCCCUACUCCCCUCUCUAACCCCCCUACUACCCUCACUAACCCUCCUCCUGGUACCCUCACUAACCCUCCUCCUGGUACCCUCUCUAACCCCCCUACUCCCCUCUCUAACCCCCCUACUCCUGUUACCCUCUCCAACCCCCCUCCUACCCUCUCUAACCCCCCUCCUACCCUCACUAACCCCCCUACUCCCGUCUCUAACCCCCCUACUCCUGUUACCCUCACUAACCCCCCUACUCCCGUCUUUAACCCCCCUACUCCCCUCUCUAACCCCCAUACUCCUGGUACACCGCUAUCCCCCUCCCUCCCUCUCUUCUGCCCCCCCACGCCCCAGGACCAACCCGGGGCCACCCCCCAGCAGGUGUUCUCUCCCUCCCUCCCUCUCUCCUGCCCCUCCACCCCCCAGCAGGUGUUCUCUCCCUUCCCGAGUGUGAAACAGCACAGGAGGUCAGCUGCAGCCCGUAACCUGGGUCUCUACGGUCCCACAGCCAGAACCCCCACAGUUCACUUCCCUCAGCUCAGCCUGAACCGUCCCUCCUCCACUCUCUCCACCAGGAAGCGCUAGAGGCCACGCUUCACUGACUGACUGGCUCUGGAAAAUAUACAGCCAGAUUCUCUCUGAUGGUCUGGAUCUGUGGCAUUGGGACAGGGGACUGUACCUGAGAGGAACAGGCAGGGACAGUAUCAGCUAUGGUCUGAUCCACUGCUGUAGUUAGGCCCUUAACUCUUCACAGUGUAGGCCACUCCCCUCUCAACCACUGGGAGAGGAAGAGCUGCUAUGAAACCCACUAUGUUGUAGUCAUCUCCCUGCAGGAAGCUGUAAACUGGGUCUGUCUGGCUGAAUGUCAUCAUGGGACAUCUCUGUCCACUCACCUUCUCUUCCAGGUCAAGUUCUCUUCACCAUAACACAAUGUUGAACCCUUAAAGCUCCUUCCUCCUCUCAGCUGAUUUCUGUUUCCACUUCCUGUCUGCCUGUUACUUCCUGUCAAUGUCUCUCCACAGUAAGACUCCAUACUGAAAGAUCCAUAGACCAUAUCAUGCCAUUGAUCUGAUUGUAUUGUUGGUAAAUGAACCCCCACCAUCCUGGUGUCAGAGGUCACUGCACUCCUAAUAAAGAAGGUGAAAGGAU